AUAGUCAAGAUAAUGGGUUACAACACGGAAGCUGUGACGGCCAUUCGGGAAACACAACGCAUGCUGGGUGGGAUCGUGGAGGCUAUAGAGAACGAUGCGGAUUAUUGGUAUGGAGAAUGUCAAUUGCCGCCGACAUAUCAAACCUUUUUCCAACUCCACAUGAUGUACCUCCUGAUCCUCAUUACUCGACUCAGAGCCCUCCCCGUUGCUGCCCCUUCAAAAUCUCAUCCGAUACCUGAAUUACCGGACCCAUCACCUCCGUCCACACCCCGACCCCCGCCAGCCAUGUCUCCAGCCGUAACAUCAUCCACCUCAUUGUUCUCCAAACCUACAUCAGGUCGAUACACUGCCGAAAUCAUCAACAACUUUUUCGAGCUGGCAGAAUCACAGAUGCGUCGUGCGCUAGGUCGGAAUGAGCGAGAACGCGUGAUACAAAAUAUCGGAUUGGAUUAUGUCCUUGCGUUGCAGAUGAGUGAAGAGGCCAGGGACAGGGAAUCAGCAGAUGCGGAACUCGCCAGUUGGUUAUGGCGAAACUUGUUUGCUUCUCGUGGUCUCGGACCUCCUUCACCUGAAUUUGUUGCUCCAGACGAGGUCGACGCAUACUCUGUCACGGAAAUAUACAUGCUCGACCAACUGGAACGGGUCGUCCGAUUCGUCAGGAGGGAAAUGGCUCGACUCGAUCAGUUAGCCGAUCGAGACGUCUUGGAUGGCAACAUUGGGGCGUGGAGUAGAGUCAAGGAU